UGGUCAAUAGUCAAUAUUGUUAAGUGUGGAGGUUAGAAAUUGUUCGGCCGUUGCCCGCUAUCAAUUUUAUUGAAUUCUACUUUAUAUAUAGAUUUCUUUUAAUUUAUUAUUAAGAUAAACGUUACUAUUAUUUAAAGUCUAGUCAUGGAUUUUAAUGAAGAUCUCCUAUUAUUACUCAUAUUGAUGUUCAUAUGGGUAGAGUAUUUAUGGGAGCUUUACUUAUCGUUGCGUCAGCUCCACAUAUACAAAACAAACAACGCUAUACCUGAGGAUCUGAACCAAAUGCUGAAUGAAGAAUCAUUCAAAAAAGCCCGAGUUUAUGGCAUAGAUAAAUCUCAGUUCAAAAUUGCUAAAGAACUCUUCAAUAUUAUAUUGACAACUAUAAUCUUGUAUAAACGAUGGGUUUACACAGUCUGGAGUUCAUCUGAAAGUUUUGCUGGAAUGUUGAAUAUUAGUUCUGAUCAAGAAAUUAUUGUGAGUUGCAUAUUUAUGACAUUUGUUACAGGUUUUAAUUUCAUAGUUAACAUGCCUUUUACAAUUUAUGCAAAUUUUGUGCUUGAAGAGAAGCAUGGUUUCAAUAAACAAACAGCUGGCUUUUUCAUUAAAGAUCAAAUCAAGAGUCUGGCAUUAAGUUUGGUUAUCACAUUACCAAUCAUAUCUGCUGCCAUAUAUAUUAUUAUGCUUGGAGGAAAUAUGUUUAUUGUGUGGCUAUGGUUAUUCACAACUGUAGUAUCAUUAUUCCUUCUCACUAUUUACCCUUCAGUUAUAGCCCCAAUAUUUGAUAAGUUCGAGCCACUUGCUGAAGGAAAUCUUAGAAAUGGUAUUGAAAAUUUGGCUUCUCAACUUAAAUUCCCUCUCUCUCAAGUUUACAUUGUUGAAGGUUCUAAAAGAUCUGUUCAUAGUAAUGCCUAUUUUAGUGGUCUUUUUGGUCAAAAGCGAAUAGUUUUAUUUGAUACUCUGCUUGAAAAACAUGACGAUGUAAAGAAUCUUACAACAGGAUGUACAGAUAGUGAAAUAUUGGGUGUUCUUGCUCAUGAAUUGGGACAUUGGAAGUGUAGUCAUAUUUACAAGUCGAUAGUACUUACAGAGGUGAAUUUGUUAUUGCUCUUUACAGCUUUCGGUUUUCUCUUUAAAAAUUCUUUAUUAUACACUACACUAGGCUUUGCUCCUGGUACUGAACCUGUUAUAAUUGGUUUGAUUAUUGUCUUACAAUUGAUUCUUGCACCUUACAACUCUCUUUUAUCAUUCUUUGCUACUGCCCUUUCUCGUAAAUAUGAAUUUGAAGCCGACAACUUUGCUGUUGGCUUAAACUAUGGUGAUCAGUUAAGAUCUUCACUUAUAAAACUCGGUAAAGAUAACUUGGAUUAUCCCAUCUAUGAUAAAUUAUAUUCAGCUUGGUAUCAUUCACAUCCAACUUUGUUACAUAGAAUGGAAAAUAUAAAGAAACAAAUGGCAAACAAAAAGAAAGACUAAAUGUAUAACUCGUAAUCAUUAAACAGUACAACAAUUCUAUAUAUGUAUAGGACUUAUUUAUUACUAGUCCAGACACUUUUUUCAUUUAAUUUAAUAAAUUUUUGCUAUUCGCACAAUUAAGAGAGAAAUAAAAAAACAUUUUGUGGUUACAAUAAUAUUUUUAAACAAUAAAA